AUCAAUGAUUUGUUCGUAAAGAACCACGAAGAUGAUAGAACCGAAGCAUACAAUGCAAGUCAAUCACCCAAGCUGAGAAAGCACCGUCAGGAGGAGGAGUUGUUGAAACCACGUGCACAUGUUUAUAGUCUACUAUACUCGCAUUCGUGUCUCCAUUCUUGCCGUUCCCUCUUCUCCCCCUCUCUCUCUGUUACUAACCCAGCACCAGCAGGCAGCAACGGCAGCAUAGAAGUUUCCCGUACGCCGUAGGCCCGUAGCGAUAAGUCGCGUACUACCUUCUCUUAGGAUAGUAUUCAGAAAUGUGCUUCGUUUUUCCACAAUGGCAGUGGCUGUGGUGAAUGCUGCUGCUUCCUCUCUUGCUUUAUCUUCACAAUCUCCCGCUUCGUUUCUGCCUUCUGUUCCAUUUUUCCUCUUCCCCUUAUCUUCCACUUCCUGUCUAUAUCCCUCUGAAUCAAGGAGAUAUUCCUCGUUUGUAACUUCUAGGAAAAGGGUCCUCUCUGGCCUCCAUGUGGCCGCCAAUAACCAGAUUUCUGAAACUAGUGAUGAUUCAUUUGAAGAUGCAGAAGAUUACGAAAUGGAGGAGGCCAAUACCGAGACUGUCGUUUACUCCUUUUCUCCUGUGCCUUUGCUAUUUGUAGCUGCUCUUCCUGGAGCUGCAACCGUAAGGUCUCUUUUUGAACCUUUUGUUGAGCUCUUGAAGUCUUGGAACCUUCCAGACUGGCUCGUGCACUGGGGUCACCCUGGUAAUAUGGCUGUUGUGCUUUUUGCUAUGGGUGGGUAUGGAACUUACCUUGGUUUCCGAAUCCGAGUGUCUGAUGAUGUGGAGGAGAAGGCCAAAGCCAAAGACUUGCAUCCUAAACUUCUUGGAGGGAUGUUUAUCUUCUUUGCUCUCGAUGCCGCAGGUGGAAUAACAUCUCUACUCACUUCAGAUAAACCUAUCUUUGAAAGUCCUCAUGCUGUCACAGGUAUCAUCGGGCUUGCGCUUUUGACUCUGCAGAGUAUAUUGCCGGCAUUAUUUGAGGGAAAUCCUGGAUUAAGGAAUCUUCAUGGAAUCCUGGGUAGUGGAAUUAUGACAUUGUUUCUUGUCCAUGCUGCAUUUGGACUUCAGCUGGGCUUGAGUUAUUAGUGCCCUAUAAAAACUAACAACAUUCCCACCAACAAUCUAAAUUCACUUUUUAUUAUUAUUAUUAUUAUUAUUAUACAUCAUAUUUCACGAGCUCA